AUGAAUUUGUCCCACAGAGCCCUCGCGAGGGCGGCUCGCGUGCGAUGCUCCGCGCAGAGAACAGCCCUCGCCUCCACGCGCCAGUGGGCUCGACAUGCCGGUACGUCGGCCGGGCCGGGACCUCAGCGCCGAGGAGGCAAGGCGGUGGGCUUUGCCGCCGUCUUUGCCGCAGCUGCCGCCGGCGCAUACUACUAUCCGAAGCUCACGUCCUCGGGCGCGGACCAGGAUGCCGAGCCCGCCAAGGCCGAGCUCCAGUUCGAAAAGCCCAGGAAGCAUCCCGUGUCCAAGGAGGACAACCGAGACCUCAUCAGCUCGCAGCAUCUCCAGGUGAAGAGCAGCUGGGAACACCCGGGAGUCUACGCCUGGGGGUCCAACGUCGGCAAGGUCAUCGACCCCAGCUCAAACGAGAAAUACGUCAAGCUGCCGCGACGAAUCGCCUUCUUCAACGACCAGCUUCUGCGAGAUCUGAAACUUACCCAGGACUUUGGCGCAGCCAUCACUGAGAACGGGGACCUGGUGCAGUGGGGCUUGGGCUACUCCAAGGCCAACCCGUCGCCCGAGACUACGUUGAAGGGCAAGGACCUGGUCAAGGUCGAUGUUUCGGCGGACCGCGUCAUUGCUCUCUCGCGCAAGGGGGCCGUGUACUCCAUCCCAUCGUCGCGCGACGACCUGGAGACUGGCAUCAAGCCGGAGGAGCAAAAGAGCUCGUGGUCACUGUGGAGUUCUGGCGGCAAGGAGAAGAUCAGCUUUAGGAGCUUGACGCCCUCGGGCUUGGGCAGCGGCGAAAAGGUCACCGACAUCAGCAGCGGCCUGGAGCACUGCCUCAUGCUGACCUCCAAGGGGCGAGUCUUUGCCGCCGCCUCGAGCUCGAGCUCGUUCCCGUCAAAGGGCCAGAUGGGAAUCCCCGGCCUCAGCUGGGAGACGCGGCCGCAGGGCCCAUACGACCAGGCUCAUGAGAUCCUGACUCUCAAGGGCUUCCACGUCGACAAGAUCGCGACGGGUGACCAUCACUCCGUCGUUUUAGACACCAUUGGCAGAGUCUUUUCUUUUGGCGACAACACCUACGGACAGCUCGGCAUCGCCACCGAAGGCGGCCUGCCACAGAGUGUCGCACCGACCAUGGUGGCCAUCAACAGCCUGUACCACAGCAGCGGUUUGGUGCCCAAGGUGACGUCCAUUGCAGCUGGCGGCACCAACACCUUUUUCACGGUCGACGCCAAGGCGCCGUCAAUCGAGAGGGAGACGCGCGGCGCGGCACCGGCACGGAGAAUGCCAGGAACUGUCUCGGAUCUCUGGGCGUGCGGCCAAGGCGUGGCCGGGACGCUGGGGACGGGCAAGUGGACUCACGUGUCUACUGGGCCGACAAAGGUCAAGGCGCUCUCGUCGCUCUUUGAGUUUGACGAGAAGACAAACAAGAUGAUGCCCAUCAAGCUCAAGUCGCUCAACGUCGGCGCUACGCACUGCUCGGCGGUCAUGGACAACGUGACCGAGACCAACAUCUCGAACCGCUCGACGGAGAACGAGACCAACUGGGGUGCCGACGUCGUGUUUUGGGGAGGCAACGAGCACUACCAGCUCGGGACCGGCAAGAGGACCAACAUGAACGCGCCGACAUACAUCGGUCCUCUGGACGGAGGUGCGGCGGACUCGAGCAAAGGACGCGUGGGCGAGAUGCACCGGCUCUGCCUCACGCCUCGCUCGACGGCGCGCACCGGCGAAGGCGGCAAGGGCCGCAAGGUGACGCUUGAGCAAAAGGUGGAAUGCGGCAAGUUUGUGACGGGCGUGUACUCUGCUGUGUGA